AUGACAUUAAAGAGAAUACCAGAUAGAGAUCAAAAUAUAAUUUGUGCUUCUAUUACCGUGAAUAAUUUUCUACGAGCCAUUGAAGAAUUGGUUUAUAAUUCGCUCGACGCAAAGUCUACCUCAAUAGCAGUUCGAGUUUGUAUCGAAAAAAAAUACGUUCAAGUAUUAGACAAUGGAACAGGUAUCACUAAAGAUAAUUUUAGACUUUUGGGAGAAAAAUACGUCACAAAUAAGUUUUUAGAUGUCGCUUCAUUGAAAUCUAGACCAAAUAAAUACGGAUUCAAAGGAAUAUCCUUGGCAAGUAUCAUAGAAAUUUCCAAAACUGUUAAUAUAUCGUCUAGAUAUCAAAAUUCUCAAGAAACCUGGACGAAGAUAUUCCGUAACGGUUGCACAGAAGAAUUUUAUUUAACUACUUUAAGACCUUCUAAAGGAACAACUGUGGACGUUUCAGGAUUUCUAUAUAAUCUAAAUAUACAACAGAAAUCGAUAAAUGCAUUGAAUGAAAUAAAUAGUAUAAAAUUAUUUCUAGAACAGAUUUCUUUAGUGCAUUGUAAUGUAUCACUGAGUCUUAGAGACGAUUCCAAAAAUGAAAUUAUUUUUAAAGUUCAUAAAAAUAGAACUGUUUACCAAACGCUAUGGACACUAUUUCAAAUAAAAAGAAAUGAUUUACAAGAUCUUCAAGUAGAAAAAAAUGAAUAUAAAGUAAAAGCAUACAUUAGUAAAAACAAUGAACUGGCAAAAAAGUAUCAGUGGCUUUACAUUAAUGGUAGAAAUAUUUCAAAAAGUUUUUUACAUAAAAAAAUAAAUGAAUGUCUUAGUAAAAAACUUUGUAUCAGAACAAAUAAAAAGAUAAAAGAAAAGGUAACUAUUUUUAUUAAUUUUAUCGCAUUAAGUUCAUUUUCUGAUGAAAUAGAUUUAAAUUGUAAAAUACCAUUUUACUUUAUUUUUAUAUCAUGUCCUGAUUUUGAUAUUAACUAUAAUAACAACAAACAAACUCUUGUUGAUUUUAAAAAUUACGAAGAAAUUGAAAAACUUAUUGAGAAAUUGGUCAACUUUUAUUGUGGGGACGACAACGUAAAACUAAUAAAAAUCAACGAAGUAAAUAAUAAGAAUAAACAUGACACAAGAAUAGAAGUUAAAGAAAUUAUGGAGAGAAUAUUAAAUAAACAUUUAAUAAAAGAUAAUAUUACAGGACUACAAAAAGGCAAAAAAGAUUUAGAUUGUAAUUACAAUAGUAAUUUCAACAUGGAUAACAAAUUGGAUUUACAGCAUUCUAAAAUAGAAGAUCAGAAUACAUUAAAUAAACAAAUAAAUGUAGCUAAUAACAGUUCAAUCAUAGAACUUAAAACGUCCUAUGACUUAUUGAAGACUGCUGAUAACAUAGAAAAGUCACAUAUGAAUAUAUUCUUAAAAGAUAAAAAUACAGUUAUAGAAGAAAUUGGAGAAUCCUAUGAAACGACAAUUACUGAUAUUACCUAUAACAGCCAUAAGAAAAACAUGGAACUAAGUAAAAGAACAAGUCAUGACUAUUCUAAAGGAAAAGCGUUUUUGAAUCGAAACAUCUUUAACCAAAUUUAUGAUGAUGUAAAUCAACAUAAUAGAAAUAUUAAUAUGUUAAAAAAUGCACUUUUAAAUGAAUACAGCAAUAGACACAUGAGUGUAACAAAUGUUGAUCAUAAAAAUAGUAAUAAUAUUUUGAGUCAUCCUUGUGAUACGGCAAAUUCUACAAAUAGCUUUAAUUAUAACUCAUCGUGCAAUAUAAAUUUUGAAUUGGCUAAUACGUAUUCGAUUGAUAUUUUGAAUUCAUUUCAUUCGAAUAAUCAAAAUACUAAUAAAACAUACUCACUACGUAUGUUGACAAAUUUAAGUUGCAAAAAUAACAUUACAAAGACGUUACCCUCUGUUACAAUUACAAAUAGAAGUGUAGUUUCUAGAAAUGAUAACUAUUAUGACAAAGAUAAGUCUGUUUUUAUAUCUGAGUCUCAUAGCAAUGAUGAAUCUAUAGAACCUUUGAUAUAUUGUGAAGCAAUAUUAGAUAGUAACGAAUUGCGAAACGUUGAAGAAGAGUUUGAGUUAAGUUUUUUGCAGAAUGAAAAAAGAGAUGAUACUGUUGUAAAUUUUAUUCGUUGUAAUAAUAUUACUUAUGAGAGAGAACAAAAAUCUCAGUAUCUUUGUGAUGAAAAAGUUGAAACUUAUGCUGUUACAAAAGAUUUUAGUGCAAAUAAAAAACCGAUACACGAUAUUAUACAAAAAGAUGACCCAAAUAACGAGCUGAUUAAAAAUUUACCACUAAAAAAUUAUUAUUCUUCUAUACAAAUACCAAAUAACGAGACAAUUAAUGAAGAUUAUUUUAAAAUUCGAAGUCGUCAUAAUUUUGUUCCCAAAGGUAUGUCCCAAAUUUUCAACAAUAAAUUUUACAAAAAUUUAGGCAAAUACAAUAUAAAUGAAGAAUACUUUGAAGAUAUUAUUUACAAAGAAUUUGCAAACGAUGUUCGCAAUAAGUUUGAAAUCUUUGAACCUAAUAUCCAGAAUAUUAAAUAUACAUUUUCAAAAGAACUUAAUAGAGCUACCGACGUAAUCAACAAAGAUAAUUCAAAUCUAACAUUCAAUUCUGAAUCAUUAAAACAUGCUAAAAUAAUAGGACAGAUAGAUAAAAAGUUUAUAGCUGCCAUAGUACAAAGCAGAUCACAUUCUGAAAAGCCGACAGAAUUUUUAACGUUUUUCGAUCAACAUGCUGUGGAUGAAAGAGUAAGACUUGAAAAAAAUUUAUCAGAUUACAUCGAUGGCAUGGAGUGGAAAAGUGUUGAAUUCGAGAAAUAUAUGUUAAAAGUUAAUUGUGAGGAUUACUUUUAUCUUUAUAACUAUAAGGAAAAAUUUUCUCAAUUUGGAUUACAAUGGACAUUUACAGACAAAGAUGUAAUUAUACAUGCUGUACCAAAAGCUAUACUUGGUAGAAACCCUAGAAAGAUAGAAGUGGUUUUAAAAGCUAUACGAAAACUUAUUUCUGAAAAAAUUGAAGAAAUAAAAACUGCUAGAGGAAAUAUGUCGUUUUAUCCGAAAUCUAUAAUGGAGCUUGUUUAUAGUGAGGCUUGCAGAUAUGCAGUUAAGUUUGGAGACUGUUUGUCUAAAAACGACUGUUUGAGUAUGAUUAGUGCUCUGUCGUCUUGUAAGACUCCUUUCCAAUGUGCUCAUGGUCGACCCGUUAUGGCAAUUAUUAUGGAAAUGUCGAAUACUAAUCGUUCUUAUAAGAUACGUAAAAAUAGUAUCAAGAACUUUAUACAAAAAUAUCUUUAUGAUAAGCAGGUAAAAGUAAAUAAUAAACAACAGCCUUAAAAAGUAAA